UUUGUCAUAGUUGGUGGUUGGUGACAUCUGCCGGUAACGUUCCGCAAAUGAUCAGUUUUGUCUUCCUUACAACCUGUCCAUUUACACAGUUACCACUGCAGCUCGACCAUGGCCGAUCUUGCCAAGACAACGAACCCCCUGUCUGUCGUGGCGAAGUUGUGUUACGCUUUCGGGGGCGUUGGUGGUGAGAUCCUAUGGGUCGUAUUCGGGGCGUACACCAGCAUCUUUCUGGUGGAUGUGGCGCAGAUGCCACCUUUAUUUGCAGCGUCAAUCAUUUUCGGCAGUAGGGUAGUGGACAUCCUAUGCAAUGUCUUCCUGGGCCCGAUGAUUGACAGGACGAACACACGAUGGGGGAAGAUAAAACCAUGGAUCGUAAUAUCAACUCUGUUUCUGAUUGUAACGAACGCGUUGGUCUGGUAUGUCCCGGAUGUUGGGACGGGAGGAAAGCUGGCCUGGUACAUCAUACUGUACAUUUUGCUGGUGCUCGCCUUUUCGGGCUUUUCAAUUUCAUAUCGCACGUUCGUGAUGUUUCUGAGCGAGGACAGCUCUGAGAGAGACUCGGCCAUGCAGUACAGGGCAUUGCUGGCAAUUGUAGGAGUGGUAGGGGGAAUAGUAAUGCACGGACAAACCCUGGCGUCUUUCAGACGCUCCGAGCACGACUCCUGUGACAACAUGACCUACAGCGCUAACAGCAGCACCAACAGUUCUGUGGACGGAGUUUCUUUACAGAUGACGCGAACCGGCUACAUAAUCUCCUCAGCAGCUGUGUGUGGUCUUCUUCUGUUGUGUUUGUCAGCGGUAGUCUUUGGAACGACAGAGAGAAAAGAUAUUUCGGCGACAUCCGGAGGAAAACGUGACCAGAACAUGUUCAAGACGGCGAAGAUUGUAUUGACAUUUCGCCCCAACGUCUAUUUUCUUCUGGCAUAUUUCUUUAUACAAAUACCUGUUUCUAUAGGACAUGGGGGCAUCGCCCUAUACGUACAGUACAGUCUGGACCUGGAAGAUCAGAUAGAGAACGUCAUCUUAGCUAUGAUGGUGGCAUCAGCGGCAGCCAUGCCCGUCAUUGCUUGGGUCGUGUCCAAACUGGGAAGGAAGACUUCCUACAUUUGCUUUCAGCUGGCUGCAAUCCCGAUAUACAUUGGUUUUCAGUUUGUACCAAAGGGAAGUUUGGCUGUUUUUGCUGUUGUCAUCGCUUUAGGGGUCACAGUUCUUGCACAAAACUUUAUACCAUGGUUGAUUGUCAGUGACAUAACAGAGGACUGCUGCCUACAGACCGGUGAAAGACUGGACACUCCCUUCGUCGCCAUCUUCUUGUCCACUAAAAGUCUUGCCAUCACCGUGGGACUGAUCAUGGCAACCAUCGGCCUGGAAAUCGGAGGCUACAAAGUAGGAUCUUGUACUCAGCCUGACACGGUGGGAAGCGCCUUGCGGAUUCUGGCGUCGACGUUUACGUCAGUCCUGACCUUCAUCGGUGUGGUGUUUGCAUGGAGAUAUCCCAUCACUGAGGACAGGCGGAAAGAAAUUACAGAGGCCAUCAAUAAACGAAAACUUUCAAGAAACUCCCAGCCUGACGAGACCCAGAGAAACGGAAGCCUGUCCAACGUGAACGGAAAAGUUCUUCUACCUGAGGAGUCUUCAAGGCCAGAAGGAUUACAGGAAGGAGACAAACUUUUGUCUUCAGAACUAGACUUGUCUGUACUUUUAGAUUGUAAAGAAUCAGUGGUGUAAUCAUUAAAAAAGUGCCACAGGAGAACUUUUCAUAGAAGAUACUAUUUUAUGAAAAGGUAGGUACUGAGGGCUAAAGGAAAUACUGCUGUUAGGUACCUGUAUUAUGUGGCGGCUCAUAAUCUGAAAAUAAAUAGGGAAGUGGAAAUACAGUCUUUAUUGGUUGUCGUGCUUGUUUGGUUCAUUUUUUGAGGUCCCCACUUAGGACCAAUAGCAUGAAGUUAUCUUACUUAUCCGUAUUAUUUACCUGGACACCCAUACAAUGAUAUCUCAUGCAACACAUUACAUUAUGUUGAAUAUGUCAAUACCUUACAUCACC